GUACAUCAACAAUUAUUGUUCACAUAAAGUAGUACCACCAAGCAGAGUUGUUUAGUCAAUCAUUGCAAACAUGGAUUUAUCACUCACGGAACAGGAAGAUGGAGAGCCUGAUAUCUCACAACUCACCCCAAUCCAGGAAUUUUACAAGGAUGCUAAUAUUCUUAUCACAGGGGGGACAGGCUUUCUCGGAAAGCUGCUGAUAGAAAAACUUCUUAGAAGUUGUAACGAGUUAUCGAAAAUAUACCUCAUUGUGAGAUCGAAAAAUGGAAAGGAUAUGCCUUCUAGAUUAGAAGAUAUAUUUCAAGAUGGUGUUUUUGAUACACUGAAGCGUCAAUAUCCUAAGUUUAAACGAAAGAUCGUAGGUAUUGCUGGUGAUUGCACAUUACCAAAUCUGGGACUCUCGACAGAAAAUAGAAAACUACUGCAAGACAAUGUAAAUAUAAUAUUCCACGCUGCCGCCACAUUACGUUGUGAAGAGAAAUUUAAGAUUGCAAUGGCCACAAAUGUACAAGCAACUAAAGAUAUUUUGCAAUUAGCCAAGGACACUCCAAAUUUGAAAUCUUUCGUAUAUGUGUCAAACGUGUACUCUAACUUCACGUUAGAUAAGAUUGAAGAAAAGGUGGGAAAACCUGUUGCUCCUUAUGGAGCUUUUUUGGAGUUAUCCAAGUUUCCUGAUAAAUUAUUGGAGAAAAUGACACCUAUCUUACUGGACAGAUAUCCAAAUACUCAUGUAUUUACGAAGCAAUUAUCUGAAGUAGUACUCAACGAACUUGGAGAAGGACUUCCUAUUGGAAUUUUCAGAUCUGCAACAAUAAUGUCAACCUACCGAGAACCAAUAAAUGGCUGGAUCAACAACGAGCAUGGUCCAGCAGGUGUGAUUGCAGGUAUAUUUUUGGGACUGAUUAGAGUAUUUCACUGCGAUAAAAACUUGGCAGCUGAUAUUGUACCUGCAGAUAUGGUGGUCAAUGCUUUGAUCUCCUCUUGUUGGGAGGUAGGGGUUGAGUUCCAAGAAAAUGAGCGAUCCCAAGUAAAAGUUUAUAAUUAUGAAAGUACUACAGAAAAUCCUCUCAGGUGGGAAAGUGUGGUGGAAAAAAUAUACGAAAAUGGGAAAGAAUGUCCCUCAGUACAAGCUGUGUGGCACCCAUUCGUUAUUCAAACUAAAUGCUUCUACUACAUGAAAUUGAUGAUGUUUCUACUUCACACGAUACCAGCGUAUUUUGUAGACGUAGUUUCGUUCUGUAUGGGCAAGGACCAAAGCAUGGUGGAGUUGUAUGACAGGUUUCAUAAAGUUUCCGAAGACCUAGGAUAUUUUGUCACAAACAGAUUCCGAUUUAGGUCUAUAAAUAUAGCCACCAUGCGAUCAAGAAUGUCUGUGCGAGAUAGGGACGUCUUUUUCUGUGACCUAAAUGCUAUUUCUUGGGAUGAUUAUUUUACAAACUAUUUCAAAGGAAUCCGAGUGUACUUGCUUCGAGAUCCUCUCGAUUCUCUGGGCAAAGGGCUAAGUAAGGCUAGGAAGCUAUAUUGGUACCAUCAAAUAUUGAAAACCGUACUUGCUACUCUACUAAUGAGUGUACUUUGGAUGUCUAUCUUAUGCAUGUUUCUGAAAUGAAAUUGCUUGUGCGAGUAAGCUUUGUGUCGCCAUAUUUCAGAAUGCAUUUUUUAAAGAUCACUCUCGCAUAUUUUAAAAUGUUAAGGAUAUCAUGUAAGCACAUCCACCAUUUUCAACACAAUCAUGCGGUUGUAUGUGCACUCCCGCCUUAUUUUAGUAAAUAUAACUUGAUGAUUGGUAUUCUGUACAUCCACCCUUUUUCGAAAUAUACAAGCAACAGGUAUGUACUGGCUUUAACGUACAGACUUAUUUUAACACAAUCAUUUCGCUCUAUUGGCUUAUUGUUGAAGACGCAAGCUUCAGGUGGGUAUGGCAAUACGCAUUAUUUUUAUAGUGUUUUUGUGAGGCUACGACUUCUCUAGUUCCAAAAUGCAAAGACGAGGAUAAUUAUGAUACUUUGUUUCAGGAGAACAAUUGCGACGUAUAAGUGAUACCAGCUUAAUCUCUAGAUCCGUGGUCGCCAACCUUUUUAGUAUGUUGAGCUACUUUAAUAAUUUUGGAAUAAACAGUGAGCUACCUAGUCGUAAGCAAAUCCACCUUAAAUGAAAUUAUACACAGUUGUAUGGCGACAUACAUGUGAUUAUUUUACUAAUACUAAUACAUACUAAUAAACUUAAAUAAAUUGAUAACUAAUACUAACUACAUCCAUUCGAACCAAUCAUAGGUGUUUGAAAAAUAAACAAAGUUUUUACGUCAGCUACAAGGCCAUGUCACAUACUAUUUUAAACGAAAACAUGUCCACAUAAAAAAUGCGUGUUCAAUGAGAAGCCUGACACUCAGACUCACUGACAAUUGUUUUUAAUGUUUGGAGUAUAAUUUGAUACCGCCAUUCGAAUAAAAUUAUCCAAAUGUUCAUAUGUAAGUCGAUUACGGUAUUUGUUUUUAACAAACUUCAUAUUUGAAAAAGAAGAUUCACAUAAAUAGGUUGAACUAAAUAACGCUUUCACCUUCAAUGCAACUCGACAUAAAAAUGAAUAUUUAUCUUCAGUUACGAGACCCUUAUCACGACCCACCAUAGCUGGAGCGCCAUCGAUUGUCAAGCCUACCAUUUUUAAUAUUGGAAUUUUCUCAGAAGAAAUAAUAUUUUUAAAAGAAGAAGACAAGUAGUCUGCCCUUUUGGUGAAAUAAACUUCAAAGGAUCUUCUUUAAUCGUAAAAUCACCAAAAACCGAACACGGCCAUCUGAGAGGUGUCAACAACAUCUGUGGAUUCAUCCAGCUGCAGUGAAAAAUAAGCACCGUUAUCGAAGUUACUUAACUGUAAAACUAUAUUUUUGCUCAUUACUUCUACUCGUCUCAUCAUCGUAUUAGCAGAAAGUUGCAUAGAUUUUAUAGCAGGCAGUAUCUCGUCUUUAUUUCUAAAGUUGGCAAAUAAUGAAUCUGCAGCUUCUAAAAACGCCGGUUUUAUGAUUUCCCUGCCUACAUAAGGAUUCUUCUUUUGUGUAUUUAUCUGUGACCUGGGACACCCGGUAUGAUGCUUCAAUCGCAGCCUUACUUUUGUCGAAUGUUUUGAAGAACAUUGUCUGUUGUCCAAUUAACUGAUUUUUUAAUUGUUUCAGUUCUUCCGUUCUGAUUGUAGGACGUAAUCGGAAUGAUUUUUCAAAAUUCGAAUGUAGUUUUAUAGUGUCUCCCGAUAUUCCAUUUUUAGCAGCGGAAACAGAUUCCAUAACAAACAUACAUUUUUACUUGUAAAGAAAUAUUGUUCUUCCCAUUCCGAAUGGAAAUGGUAUGUCCUCAUCUUCUUACUACUGCUCAUAAUUGUUUUAAUUGCAGGCCAACUCUAACCCAACCGCUGGACUUUGUCCCGUUCAGUUUUAAACAUUUAUUACAUUCAAAGUAAUCGAGAUCGUUCUGGAACAGAUCGCUCACCGCAGUGUUGCCACUGCUCGUAUUUAUUAUGAGAAUUUACAAAAUUUACGGAAGCUUCGAUGAUAUUUACACCUUUUCAAAAUAUGUUGUGAGCCACCAGAAUUGGCGACCACUGUUCUAGAUCCUUGCAUCAUUGAGGAAGCUGCUUAGGGUUUAGUCAAGGAAGUAGGUUAUGCUCAAAUCCCCAUAGCAUUUUAGGGUAUAAUGUUAUUCUGAAGAGGUAUGAGAGAUGCAACACAGGGGCGUCGUCAGCUGAUGCGAAGACACUCCUGGACUAUUUUGAUUUGAAUUUGUUUGAAAAAAUUACUAUAUUUCACUGGUCGAGUUUAUUAGUACGUAGCAGUUUUCCAGCUGCAUUGACAGUAACAUUAUUAUGUUACUCUUAUGUUUUUUCAUUUGACGUGAAUAGCGCGCGUAGAAACUACUUAAAGUGAUUCUCGUUUUAACUGGCAUCUAUGCGAUUGAUUUAACUCACUCCGCUAUAUAUAAAACGUAUUGAGGGGUACCUGUGUAACAUUUGAAGAUUUUUCUAAGGAUAAGUUACAUUUCUCACCCUAUAAUGAUAAUGACUUGUUGGUCACAGAACCGUCACUGCUAUUAAAACCUUUAUCCAAUUUUGAAUAUUACUAAUAAUUAUUGCUCACUAAAGGAGAAAAAAGAGUAUUUUAUAAGUGACAUUAUUGUUGUUGAUUGUAUUUAUUUAUCUAAUUAUUUUGUACAACUUGAUAAAUUGGAGUAUUUAAGAAACGAUUGAUGUGUCGACGUACGUUGCAUCUUCCAGCUGUCUCGGACUCUAUUAUGUAGUAGUAGCAUCCCUCUCCUAUGAACCGUUCUGUGAUGUAGACAUUGUGUGUGCUUUAUUAGGCCAGUGUUCAGAAAAUGUUUGGAUAAGCACUAUUUCAAAGUCUAAUCAAAUUGAAUGUGGUAAGAUAGAUAUAGUUGUAGUCACCAUUCUUGGCGGGUCAAAGUAAGACUAUCAGUAUCCCCUCAUAUAUCUCUAUCGCUCUCGUAGAUACACAUGCAACCUAGCUAUUUUUUUGUUGUAUGUCUCAGUCUUGAAAACUUGGUUGUUACGUAUGAGUGCCCUUCAAUCAUAUUUGUCAGAGUGACAACUUACUUGACAUCUUCAAUAUAAAAUUCUACAAUGCCCGGAAAUAUGACCAAUGGAGAAGGCCAACAGCUCGAGCUAAAUUUAUCAGAGUAUUUCCAGGAAGAAAAUGAAAACAGUACCUACUUAUGGCGUUGAUGUCGUAACCGCCAAGAAUGGUGACUACAACUAUAGCAGUGAUAAUAAUUCUACACUGAAAUAAAAAUUUGUCUGACGGCUUAAGUUCAACGUGUACGAGAGAGAAUUGUGUACAGACACAUAUGUAAAAGUGAUAGAAGCCGGCUGGAUAGCGAAGCUUAUCUGCGUUGCCGGACAACGCUGACGCGGCAAUGUGCCGCGUUGCCAAUAUGUUACGCCAGUUCCUUGAAUUAAAAUAUGCAUUAGUCUAUUCUCUACGCCCAAAUAAUGGUUUUAUUUUGAGCGUCCACAUUUUUAAAUUGUGGUUUGUGUCGAAUCUGUUUAGGAUCGAUUGUGGCACGGGUAUUACGUAUCUUAAAAAGUGACAUAUUGGUAUUCUACUGUUUUUUUCGACAUUUUGUAGGUUUUUCUACAAUGUGUUAACUUAGCACUUAGUUGUUGUGUCGCCUAAACGUCAUGAGGCUUGAGUUAUUAAUGUUUGGCUUUGAUGCGAUGUAAAAUCUGCUCCAGAUAUGGCAUGAGUGGAGGUAUAAGCUGUAAAUUGUAUGUGUUGAUGAUAAUUCCAUUGGAUUCUUAUCUCAAAUACACUUACUUGAGAUUCAAAGCUAGAAAUUAGUUGCGCAUCCACUUUUUCUUAUCCAUUCUGGAAAUUACAUAUUCAAAUUUGUUGAAUUUAAAAAAUGAGAGAUAUACGAAAUAAUUAUAUUUACUGUUCACUGUCCAAUUACAAGCCAUGUACAUGCUAACAGCAAUUACACGCAACGCGGGCACGGGGGUGAUUUCCCAUAAUUCGUUUUUCGUAAUUUAUAACUUUGAAUAUAACCUCUCUUCAGAAAGCACAACACAAAUAACUCGUUAAGUACAGCUAAGAGAUAUACUUCAUUGGCAACAUAUUCAGUGACGAUUUUCUCACACAGCAAAUAUCACUUAUCUUAUAUACAUGCAAACCAAUACGCAUAGUCAUCCAGAUGCGAUCUUGCUAUUCAACCAACUUUCUUCUCAGAGAUAAAAACUAGACCUCUUGGCUUCACAACAUAUGCAACCAACAGUGUGUGUAGUUUAGCCGAGUCAUUCCUCCAUAGAUGGACGCUCACAACGAUCCUAGCGGGCACACGGAAUGACUGUUUGCACCCUAAAAACUUCCUAGUCUGCAAGAUGACAUUUUAUUAUUUUUUUUUACUUUUUAUAGAUUUUUUACAUAAUACCCGUGCGGAUCGGUCAUAAUGGCGCUUCAUUGUAGUUCGAAAUGAAAGGUCAGGAUCGCCACAAGUUCCGCAACAUUGCGUCAUUUGUUCACUUGGCAAUGCCGCAUUCCGUACAUUCCACCUCCAUGAUCAUUGAUGAGCGACUUUAGUCAAUCAGUACCCAUCUAGCGCUCAUUGGGGAGUGUAGUCCACGCGUACACGCAGGUUUGAAGGUAACCUAAUCGGAGCAAAUAUUUCCUAAUGUAACAUCUUGGCAACACGGCAAUUGCGCGGUCUUUUGCGUCACCGUUGAUACGCAGUGUGGUGAUGACCUUCGCCCUUCAGCCGGCUUCCAUUUCUUUCUAACAUGUGUUGAUAGAUACUUCUCGCGCUUCUCUCUCGUACACAUUGAGCUCAAGCCUUCAGACAAAUUUGUAUACCUACAUACCUCGGUGCAGAAGGUCAUACUUCUACAGCAAAGUAUGUACUAUUUUCUCAAGAAAAACUUAGAUAUAGGGAAAAGGUACUCGUAACAAAACAAGUGUAUGAUCAUUGCAUUUUUAUUUAUAAAUUGUCAAUUACUAAGUCAUAUAAAAACAAUAACAAAUAUUUUUAAUGGAAAAUAUACAUUCAUAAAAACAAUAGAAAUAAUUUUUAAUUGAAGUGUACAGAAGUUUACUUUAUGGACUAGUACGGACAAACACUGAUGUUGAACUGUUUAAACAAUAAUCAUAGAUGUACAGAAGAACAAAAAUAUUCCAAUCAUAGCAGUAAGACUUGGAGAAAAUUAAUAAUGGUUAAAAAAUAGUAAGUAUUUUAUUUGAGUUUUUAUGGUGUCAGGUGCUUUGAAAUCUCACAAAAAUUGCAACAGUUUUGAAUUUAUUAGAAGCUAACUUCUAUUAUUUUAUUUAAAACUGACAUUUUGCGUUGGAUCUUGCCUUACCACUAAUAAUUUUCUCAAAAGCCACGUGACUGGAGUACAAAUUAUUACAAUUUUCAAAAUUGUGCUCCAAUAGGUGCUUCAAGUGUAUUUCUAUGUGAAGCUCAAGGAAACAUGCUUUUCAAAUUACAAAAAAUACUGUCUAGCGUGCUGUUCCCUUCAAGAAUUCAAAGAAAUACAACACCUUGCAUUUUGAGCUAAACACGAAUAAAACUUUUUAUGUAAAACUCUAAGUGCUAUUGCUGAUUAUGCUAGUUGUAUUUGUGAUGGUUUUAGAUGAACUUUAUAAAAGUUCGUUUGUGUUUCUAAAUAAAAUACACUAUUAAUUGCUUGCAAGAGUGAUUGUGGAACAUUUUUCCGAUGCCAAAACACAGCUAACUAAACGAAUCUAAUGUUGCAUAUAGAUUAUCGAGAAAUGGAGCCUAAAAGUAAGUUUAUACCAAAGAUGCCUCAUCUUGACGAAAACUUACCUUCAGGAUAUGUUUUUUCAUUGUUUGAAAUGUAGUAAAUUUGCAAUAUCAAAAUCGUGUAUGGUAUUACUUAAUAGAAUGUUACAUUUUUUUAAAUUUGGGCCUGUUCCAUAUAUUCGUCUUAGUUAGUUGUGUCUUGAAUCUGACUUCAGUCUAAAGUCCUCUAAGAAGUACCUAUUUUUAGUGGAAAAUUCUACAGUUUACAUAUUUCUUAUACAAUAUAUUCGUAAUCAGUCAGAACUAUGAGAAUAUAGUCGAUCAGUGUUUGAAAAAAUUGUCUCGAUAUACAAUAUUUGCGAUAAAAAUAAAUAGUAGACUAUGAACAAAAUAUACAAGAAUAUACAGGCAAGUAAAUACAUAUUAUAGAAAAUGUGAGUUCUACAAACUUUGGUUUGCCGAAAAUUACUAAAUAUACAGUAAUAUACAUUUAUAUACAUGGUAUUCUACAAUACAGUGCGAACUGUACAAUCAUUUCUCUACGCAGGAGGGCAUCCUGUAGAAACAAGGUAGGUGAAAUGAUAUCUUGUGUGAAUCUUAAAUUACAAUUAACUUUAAAAAUCAAAGGUGAAUCGUAUUUUUUGAGUGACUUCAUUUAUAUGAGUCAUACUCUUUUCUGGCCUUUAAGGCAACAUGAUCUAUAUCAUAUCAGAGUUUGACUUAAUGAUUUCUGAAAAGCAUAGUCAAAGUUAUCACUACGAAAAAACAUAAAUUAAACAUGUUUGCUUAACGCAAAUAAUUUGCACGAAUAUUAAAUUUUUUUAUUAAACCGGUCACGGAGGAUAAAAUAUUACAGAUUUUCAAUAAAAUAAAAUCUCGGGCGGUUGGACUAGAUGGUUUGAAUAUAAAUAUGUUAGCUCUAGUGUUUCCUUUUUGUUCUAAAGCGAUUACUCAUAUAAUUAACUAUUCGCUUGAAAAAGGGUUAGUUCCUAAAAUUUGGAAAGCCGCAUGCGUUAGGCCUCUUGCUAAAGUUGAUGCUCCGGAAGGACCUGAUGAUUAUAGACCAAUUAGUAUCCUUCCAGUGUUAUCAAAACUAUUAGAAAAAAUUGUAUAUGAGCAACUGAUGCAGCACGUCACUACCUUUAAGAUAAUUCCAUCCACGCAGUCGGGGUUUCGAAAAAACCACAGCACCGUAACAACUCUGCUCGAUGUCUGUGACGACUUCAUAGGGGCAAUAGACAAUUCUAAAGUUACUACUGCUGUCAUGAUAGAUCUAAGUAAGGCCUUUGAUUGCCUCAACCAUGAACUACUUUUUGCAAAAUUUCAUUAUCUUGGCUUCUCCGAUAGUUCGAUUAAUUGGUUUCGCAGUUAUUUUCAUGAACGCAUUCAGCAGGUAAAAAUCGGUGACAUCUUAUCACAGGAGGGUACUAUCUCCAAAGGUAUACCACAGGGGUCUAUUCUUGGACCUCUUCUGUUUUCUCUUUAUGUAGCGGACUUAGAUAAAGUCACUAAAUACUGCAAAUUACAUACAUACGCCGAUGAUACACAGAUUUAUCUAUCUUACAACCCUGCUAUGUACAUUGAAGCGAAUGAGAUGCUGUCUGAGGAUUUAAAUAGUAUAUGUGUGUGGUAUAACAAACAUGGCUUAUGUAUUAACCCUAGAAAGUCGGCUAUCAUAACUAUUAAAUCUAAAUUCAGCAAAUUCAAUAGUGAAUUAAUAAAGCUGUGUAUUAGAGGUGAUGAAGUUUGCCACAAGACAUCGGUUCGCAACUUGGGCAUCACAUUUGAUGAGAACCUGUGCUUCCAUGAUCAUGUCACCAAAGUUGUUCAGGGUUCCUAUGCUAAGUUGAAGUCAAUUUAUAGCUAUAAAAAUGUAUUGUCCAAGCAGACCAAGGUUAAGCUGUGUGACUCCCUUAUCCUAAGUAAACUUGAAUACGGGGACCUUGUCUAUGGUCCAUGUCUAAUACAGAGCGAGGCAUACAGACUUCAAAAAGUGCAAAACAGCUGCAUAAGAUUCAGUUUAGGUAUUCAAAGGCGGGAGAGGGUAUCUGAUCAUAUUAAAAAUAUUCAAUGGCUUACUAUGCGACAAAGGUGGAUACUGCAUCUAUUAUCAUUGGUCCACAGUAUUAUGAUCAAUAAAAUGCCUCUUUAUUUGAAGAACAAGCUUACCAUGAGAUGUGAUCAUCACUCAGCGAACCUGCGUUUUGUAGGAUAUACUCUCGACUUGCCUCGGCACCGAACAACCCAAUUCAGAAAGAGCUUUUCAUAUGUGGCGCCCGAUUUCUACAAUAAAGUACCUCAAGCAUUGAAAACUUUAUCUGUGUCCAGCUUUAAAAGAAAAGUUAGGCUCUUUGUCUUUGAUGACAUGUAGCAUGUAUUUUUUUUUUUUUUUUUUGAUUUCAUCUAGCAUGUAUUUUUACGUAAUUUUGUUUUUAUAUUUGUUUAUUUGUGCAUGUUUUCUCACUCGUCACUUUUCAUUUGUUUGUGUUUUGCUUACACAUUUGUUACUGUUUACUUUUAAUUUUUAUAUCUUCUGCCAUAUACCUAAUAUUUUCUUUUUUAAAGUUACUUCUAAUCACGGUUUUUGAUUCUGCUACGUACUCUGUUACUGCACGUUUCUCUUUUGGUCUUUUGGUCAUUAUACCAUGCUACGAUUCUGUAAAAAAAAAUUUUUUUUUUCUGCUUUAAAUGUUAUCUUCAAUGUAUUUUUGUUGUAUUUGCAUGUACUUGAUUUUUUUUUUAGCCCUGGUUGGUUCUGAAAAACAGCUUGUGCUGAUGUAACCCGCCAGGUAAAAUAAAG